GACAGCUGAGACGCCUGCGCAGUUGCUGAAGGCCCUCUGUCUCUGCCCAGGGCCCAGAUAUCACACUGUCCAAACUGUACAAGUUAAUUGAAGAAUCUUGUCCUCAGCUGGCAAGUUCCGUCCAGAUCAGAAUCAAGCUGAUGGCCGAAGGCGAGUUGAAGGACAUGGAGCAGUUCUUUGACGACCUGUCGGACUCCUUUUCUGGAACGGAGCCCGAGGUCCACAAAACGAGCGUGGUGGGCCUGUUCCUGCGCCACAUGGUCCUCGCCUACAGCAAGCUGUCCUUCAGCCAGGCCUUCAAGCUCUACACCGCGCUGCAGCGCUACUUCCAGAGCGGCGAGAAGACGGCAGCGUGCGAUGCGGCCAUGGGGUCAGCCGCUCGCGAGGAGCCAGGCCGGGGGCUGGAGAAGGAAGACCUGGAUGUGUCAGCGAGGGAAGAAGAGGCUUCCUGUAGCAGGCCUCUGUCCCAAAAGCAGGCGGAGUUUUUUCUUUCUCAGCAGGCUUCGCUGCUGAAGAACGACGAGACCAAGGCCCUGACGCCAGCCGCUCUGCAGAAGGAGCUGAAUGGGCUGUUGAAGUUCAACCCUGACUUUGCAGAGGCGCACUACCUCAGCUACCUGAACAGCCUCCGCGUCCAGGACGUGUUCAGCUCCACACACAGCCUCCUGCACUACUUCGACCGCCUGAUCCUCACGGGGGCCGAGAGCAAGGGCAGCGGGGAGGAGGGCUGCGGCCGCAGCCUGCGCUACGCCGCCCUCAACCUGGCCGCACUGCACUGCCGCUUCGGGCACUACCAGCAGGCGGAGCUCGCCCUGCAGGAGGCCAUCAGGAUCGCCCAGGAGUCCAACGACCACGUGUGUCUCCAGCACUGCCUGAGCUGGCUGUACGUGCUUGGCCAGAGGAGGCCUGACCGCUGCGUCCUGCUUGAGCACUCCGUGAAGAAGGCUGUGCACUUCGGGUUGCCGUACCUGGCCUCCCUGGGGAUCCAGUCCCUGGGGCAGCAGAGGGCGCUGGCCGGGAAGACUGCGAACAAGCUGAUGGACGCGCUCAAGGACUCCGACCUCCUGCACUGGAAGCACAGCCUGUCCGAGCUCAUCGACAUCAGUGUCGCGCAGAAGACGGCUAUCUGGAGGCUGUACGGCCGCAGCACCAUGGCACUGCAGCAGGCCCAGAUGCUGCUGAGCACGAGCAGCCUGGAGGCGGCGGGCGGGGCCGCACGGCAGAACAACACCGAGGCCUUCGCGGUGGCGCUGUGCCACCUGGCUGAGCUGCACGCCGAGCAGGGCUGCUUCGCGGCGGCCUCGGAGGUGUUGCAGCACCUGAGGGACCGGUUCCCGCCCCACAGCCAGCACGCCCAGUUGUGGAUGCUGUGUGACCAGAAGAUACAGUUCGACAGGGCAAUGAACGAUGGCAGGCACCACGUGGCCGACGCGCUCGUCACGGGCAUCACGGCCCUGAGCAGCACAGACGGGGUCUACAGGAAGGCGCUGGUGCUGCAGGCCCAGAACCGGGCGUCCGAGGCGCACAGGCUGCUGCAGAGACUGCUGGCUCACUGCCAGCAGGGCCGGAACACGGAGAUGGCCAUCAGCGUCUUACUGGCCGUGGCCGAGCUGCACUGGCGCUCGUCGGCGCCCGCCGCUGCGCUGCCCGUGCUCCUGCAGGCCCUGGCCCUCGCCAAGGAGUUCCGCCUGCAGCGCCUGGCCUCUGAGACGGUGCUCAACCUGGCCUUUGCCCAGCUCAUCCUGGGUGUCCCAGAGCAGGCCCUGAGUCUUCUGCACAUGGCCAUCGAGCCCAUCUUGGCUGACGGGGCCGUUCUGGACAAAGGCCGGGCCCUAUUCCUGGUGGCCAAGUGCCAGGUGGCUUCAGCGGCUUCCUACGACCCCCCGAAGAAGGCGGCAGCUCUGGAGGCCGCCAUCGAGAACCUCAGCGAAGCCAGGAGCUACUUUGCCAAGGUCGACUGCAAAGAGCAGAUCAGAGACGUGGUUUACUUCCAGGCCAGACUCUACCACACGUUGGGGAGGGCCCAGGAGAGGAACCGCUGCGCCAUGCUCUUCCGGCAACUGCACCAGGAGCUGCCCUCGCGCGGGGCGCCCUUGGUCAACCACCUUUAGGCAGGCACCGCGCACCCCGUGGCGCUCCUGGCCCGGCAGCGACAGCCAUGCUGCACAAAGGGCGCCGGCCCUUUGUUAAUAAACAGUCAUGUGGUCAAGCUGC